CUCUCCCCUCUCUCUCUGGUUUUUCUCCCCGCAGUUCAGCCUCUGAUCCCGGGCAGAUCUCCCGCCGCACCCCGGAGCCUCCGCCGGAGAACCGUGCGAUCCGUCCGCCGCCCAGCAGCUUCUGGAGCUCUCCCCCCGGAAAGUAGUCCCUCGGAUGAGUGAUCUGAGGCCCGCAGGAGGAGGCCCCGACGCCCCCUGGUUCUGACCCAGAAAACAGCCUCUCCUCCGGCUGCCUGCAGGCUGAAGGCCGGGCCGAGGCUCCGGAGCUCCGAUGAUGGCCUCGCUGAUCAAGGAGAUCGUGAGCCGGAACAAAAGGAGGUACCAGGAGGACGGCUUCGACCUGGACCUCACCUAUAUUUACCCGAACAUCAUCGCCAUGGGUUUCCCCGCGGACCGCCUGGAGGGCGUCUACCGGAACAACAUCGACGACGUGGUGCGGUUCUUAGACCUGAAGCACAAGAAUCACUACAAGAUCUACAACCUGUGUGCGGAGCGACACUACGACACGUCAAAGUUCAACUGUCGAGUGGCCCAGUACCCGUUCGAGGACCACAACCCGCCCCAGCUGGAGCUGAUCAGGCCCUUCUGCGAGGACCUGGACCAGUGGCUGAGCGAGGACGAGCAGCACGUCGCCGCCAUCCACUGCAAGGCCGGAAAGGGUCGCACCGGGGUCAUGAUCUGUGCCUACCUGCUGCACCGAGGGAAGUUCAGCGAGGCGCAGGAGGCACUCGACUUCUACGGGGAGGUGCGCACCCGAGACAAGAAGGGCGUGACCAUCCCCAGUCAGCGGCGCUACGUCAUCUACUACAGCUUCCUGCUGAGGAACCAGCUGCUCUACAGACCCGUCGCUCUGCUCUUCCACAAGAUGCUGUUUGAGACCAUCCCCAUGUUCACCGGGGGAACCUGCAACCCUCAGUUCGUGGUGUACCAGCUGAAGGUGAAGAUCCACACCUCCAACCCCUCCAACACCCGGCGGGAAGACAAGCUCAUGCUGUUCGAGUUCCCUCAGCCACUUCCUGUCUGCGGAGACAUCAAGGUGGAGUUCUUCCACAAGCAGAACAAGAUGAUGAAGAAG